GCCGCAGCAGUGACGACUGUGGCGGAGAAGGCCCGGAGGGGCUCUGCGUUCUGAGUGGCGCUGCUUGGGCCGGUGGCUGCGAGGGCUGCUGGGGUCGCGAUUGAAGAGAGCUGCGAGUGUGUUCGGCGUAUCCCCCGUCGGGAUCCCAGCCACGAUGAGUGCCGCCCGGGAGUCUCACCCGCACGGGGUGAAGCGUUCCGCCUCCCCCGACGACGAUCUUGGAUCUAGCAAUUGGGAGGCAGCAGACUUGGGCAAUGAAGAGAGAAAACAAAAGUUCUUGAGACUAAUGGGUGCAGGAAAGAAAGAACACACUGGUCGUCUUGUUAUAGGAGAUCACAAGUCAACAUCUCACUUCCGAACAGGGGAAGAAGACAAGAAAAUUAAUGAAGAACUGGAGUCUCAGUAUCAGCAGAGCAUGGACAGUAAAUUAUCAGGACGAUACCGGCGGCACUGUGGACUCGGCUUCAGUGAGGUAGAAGAUCAUGAUGGAGAAGGUGACGUGGCUGGAGAUGACGAUGAUGACGACUCACCUGAUGCUGAGAGUCCAGAUGACUCGGACAGUGAUUCUGAGUCUGAGAAGGAGGAGUCUGCAGAGGAGCUCCAUGCUGCUGAGCAUCCUGAUGAUACAGAAGAUCCGAAGAGCAAAAAAGACGCAAAGAGCAAUUAUAAGAUGAUGUUUGUCAAGUCCAGCGGCUCAUAACUAUCAAACACUUAGUCUUGGUAUUAAAAGUAAGCCUUAUUGUUAUAAUGCACAGCGGAGGACUGCUUAUAGAGCACAGACCUUUGUAUUAUAAUUUUUAAAAAGGCCCUUUUAAAUAACUACAAAGAGUGUUUGCUUUCAAAUGCCAUGGGUUACACCUUCCAGGCAUGACUAGAACCAUUUUUGUAAAGAGUCAGAGUUGUAUAAAAUGAGAAAUAAAUACUGUACUCCGCUUCCUUUCAUAUUAGCAUCGUCAGCCCUCUCACUACCUUUGCCCCUGUAAACGCUUAGUGGGG